GCGGAGUAGUGCGGUCGUAACCUUGACGCACAGGACCCGGGGAAUUAUUACUCAUCCACGUCGAUCUUAAGCGUGCCUCCGCAUGCGUCCAUGCACGCGCUGGGCACUCGAUGCUGUCCGCAGACCUUUCCUACGACCACACAGAACCCAUAUCUAUCGGAGUGCGCGGGUAGAACCCUGGAAGUCGAGUGGAGCAGGCCAAGCACUAGAUUGGAGUCGUUAUCUUUGCCGUUCCUGCGUGCGUGGCUGCCGUUUGAUCCAGGCGAGUGUCUGAGCUAACGCCUCUCGCUGACGCGCGUGAGGGUAAACGUCGGAUCAGUCGCGACGCAUCCACCGCCAUGAGCUCGUACCCAGCUCCUCCAGAUCAGGACGCCCCUCAUCCUUACGCGCCGAUCUACCCACAGCACCCCAAUGCACAGCUGCUCGACGGCCAGCCGCCGCGCGUCGUGCCCUACCCAGCGCCGCCCGAGGCCGGCUACCCUAAACUCGAGAACAUCAACGAGGUGCUGCAGGCCCAGGCCCUCCACGCGAACCAUGCCCUGACCGAUCCGCGUCCGCCGCCCGGGCAGGCGCCGAUACCGCCCAUGCAGCAGCCGCAGCAGCCACAGCAGCAGCAACAACAGCAGCAGAGCAACAAGCCGAACCGCCUGCGCAAGGCGUGCGACUCGUGCAGCAUCCGCAAAGUCAAAUGCGACGAGUCGGGGCCGCCGUGUCGCGCUUGCUCGGCCCUGGAGAUUCCAUGCACUUUCGAGCGCCCCAGCAGGCGACGGGGGCCGCCCAACCGCCACGCUGAAGCCAUCAAGAAGCGCCGUCUAGAGGAUACAAGCCCUACCGUGGCCCAUCAGUCGCCGCAGUCGCCCACCAAUGCUGCCCAUGCCCUGGCCCAGCUGCAGUCGUCCAACCCCACCCAACUCUCUGCCGAGUCCAUAUGCCCUCUCAGCACCAUGAACUCGCUGAUCGACGACUUCUUCACGUACAUCCACCCGCUAUGCCCCUUCCCCCAUGAGCCUUCGUUUCGCGAAGCCUGGGCGCGCCGCGAGGACUACUCGAAUCCGUCAUUCCUCGCUCUGCUGGCCUCCAUGAUCGCCGCCCUCGUCUCGUCGUUUCCACGGAAGCCCCGUCUACACCUCAAGACGCAGACGCGCCACGAUUACCCUUCGCAUCUGUCGCUGGUGGACAAGUGCCGCGAAGUCUGUGCCCAGGCGCGAGGUCCCGGCUAUCUGGACCGCCCUGGCUUGAAUGUGUAUGAUGCCUGCACGAGCUACUUCCUGGGUCUGACCGGCGCCUAUGUGUUCCAAUGGCGUCAGCUGCGCCUCUACUUCGCCGAGUGUCUGACCAUCAUUCGCUCGCUCGGCCUGCACAAGGCCCAGGAACAGGGCUACACACAUCUCGGAGCCGUACCAAGUGCAUGGGGCUCCAACGGGCCGAACCAUGAUGGCACACGCGACUUCAAGUUGGAUUACAUCACUGAGCAGAUUGGGCGAAGGGUGUUUUGGACUGUCUUUGUGGGCGUGCGGACAAUACAGCAGCUUGGUGCAUCGUUCGGCGAGCUGACAAUUGCGCCUGCUACUUCAACAGAACCUCUGCCGCCGUUGCCUGUUGAAGUGGAUGAUAUCCACAUCUUCCCUGAUGAGAUACAGACCCAGCAGCCCGGCGUUGUCCCGCUGAUCACCGGCUUCAAUGUCAACAUACGCAUUUUCCUAUCGUACUCCUCACUCUCCACCGCUGAAAUGGCGUUUGGCAUGGACGAGGUGUUCGAUUGGGAUCGUCAGCAGCGCAUACUCGAACAAGGUUUGCAUCGCUGCAGGCAGAUCCUUGAUAAUCUUCCAGAUGUACUGAAGGUUCAGUCUAAGGAUGCGCAGGAGAACCUUGCACAGCCAAAGCAGCAGUAUUUCCCGCCUCUGCCAGACUUCGACAGCAUGCGUGACCCUAUCUCAAAUACCUUUGCUGCUGGGACACCGGACGUGCGACGUUACGAAAUCCAAAAGGCCAACGUGUAUGCUAGUCACCUAGCUACACGCUCCUACCUCGUGGAGAAGUAUUUCUCCCUUCAGGAGAAGGCCAAGGCCAAAGCGCAAAGUAAUGUCCAUAGCUCCCCAAGCGUGUUGUCGACUGGAUUGGACAGGUUUGUACCCAGUUCUUUGACAGAGGCUGAAGCCCUCGAAAAGAUCAUGGCCGAUGAGCGUGAAGCUGUCGUCAAGGACCUGCUGGUGGUACUCGGCAGUAUCGAUAUGGUCAAUAUGGAACCGAACGGUGAUUCAUUCACUCAAAAGAUCCGCUCAAUCGCGAGUACAUUAUUAGAAGUACCGACAGAGAGGCAAGGCAGCGUCGCUCAGCAGCAUCAGGAAUACCUAUACAAGUUCCUCGAAAUCCUCAAUAAGCUGGAACGGGCUAGUCCCGAGGCGAGCGAUCCGAAUGCCAACAUCGACGAAGAGACGGAGCUGAGACUUUGGGCUGAUCUCCGGGACCACCAAUUGAAGUUUCAGGAGCAAGGUGGAGUUUACGGGUUCUCAUAGUCCCUGGAGGACAGAUAUAACUCCCGUCCCAAGUCGGUCACGGAUCACUGUUCAUAAUCAAUGACCUUCUAAAUGGCUCCUCGUUGAGGGAGCUACUUACGAGUCAUUCGCGCAUCGUUCGCGAUUGGACAAGAUACUGUAGGACUAUAAUUAUCUUUGUAUCAAACUUAGCUCAAUCUGAAAUGUGCUAUAUUCGGAGUAUAGGUAAGAAUCCACCUCGAUGGCUUUGAUCACAAACUAGACGAAAUCGAGCAGUUCAAUCAUUCAAGAACUUGCCUCAGGCCAACGGUUCGAUUCAGAUACCGCAAAUCUAUCAGCUGCAGAUUUAUACGUCGCGU